AUGGUCGACUACCUCAUCAACAAUAGAACUGAGGGUUGUCCAUACAAUGUCAUACAUAACAUUUUGGAUGGCGAUUCAACACCAUCAGACAAAUCAAAAGCUAUCCAAAUCAUCGAUGACCACAUUCAAGAUAAUAGUCGUCAAUAUCUUGAAAUUAGAUCGGAUACGUACAAGUAUGUCAACUCUAUUGAAUUGGCCAGAUCAUUGACCCCACCAAAUACGAUUGACGUUGGGGAGAAUGUGAUAGAGGGUUAUCUAAACGAUCUCUUGUCUCUCGAGUAUGAAGAAUUCUUUCAGUUUGAAAACGUCCAACACCACUUUAUCACAGUUCAAUUGGAUAUUGUCUACUAUUUAAUUGUCAAUGUAUUGCACCACAGUUUCCUAUCUUACCAACAACUAGACGAUAUCAGAUCACAAUUCAAGGAUAUUCAAUUCAUUGAAAGACAAACACCAAUAUUCAAAUAUCAAUCGCAAGAAACAACAAACCCCUAUCUAACAAUCGAUGAUCAAGCAUUGGACAAGUGGAAUACCUUUAUUGCAUUCGAGAUUAUAUUAAUCGAGGUUAUAUCUGCAAUGAAGUUGACAUUAAACUUGCGAGAUGGAUUUACCAAUGCCAUAUCAACCUUGAUAUGCACUGGAUCAACGAUAGUCAUUCCAAUUCUAUUUUCAAAUUAUUAUAAAAAGAGUAUCGGUAUUUGUAUCGAUUCAAAGGAACAUCCGGAAUCUUCGACUCUUUUUGAUAUAAUUUGUAAAUAUGGUACAUUGGGUCAAGUAAAGGCGGCACACCAAAUAGUUCAAGAGUAUGGAAAUGACAAAUUAUUACAAUGGUCAUUGCACAAAGCCAAUAGACCUCUCCUCAUCACUGCAAGAGCGGCAAGUGAGGCAGCAAAAACAAACAAUCUAGAGGUGUUAAAGUAUUUAGACGAUAUUAGUGAAUCUAAACUUGCUCCAUUCCACUUGAAAGUCUCGAGGUUCGAUUUCCAAGCAAAGACAACACGAUAUCUCAUCUCAACAAGACCAAACAGUCUCCUUCCCCACUACUCUUAUCAAAGAGUUCUCGAAACAUUGGAUUUGGAUUUCAUCAAUUGGUAUGACAACUUUGUGAAUCAAAACCAGUCAAUCAUAGAUCAAUUUAAAAUGAAGGAUAAGAAGAAUGGACAAAGAAAUGAUUAUCCAAUCAUAUUUUCAAGAUAUAUCAUUGAAAAUCUAUUUGAAAAGUCGAAUCAAGAAAUCAUUAAUUUAUUGGAAUAUAUCAUCAACAAAUACAACAUUACCAACAACCUCGAUAGUAUCAAAGGAAUAUUCAAAUCAGAAGAUAUUAUUUAUAAUUUAAUGUCAGAAUGUUGUGAGAGAGGAAAUUUAGAAAUAUUCAAAUGGUUGGAACUUAAUUUAAAUCUAUCAUCACAAUCAAAGAUUCAACAACCACAAAGAAUAGCAACAACUAUAUUUGAUGAUGCAUAUCUCAAUGGGAUGAAUGAUGAUUUGGUUGAAUAUCUUAUUGAAAAUAGAUUCGAAGGUUUUGGUCCAGAAUCUUGGAAGUAUGUUGGUGAGAGUGGAGAUGAAAAACAAUUACAAUUAAUGAUUCGUGGAACAAAUCAACAACAACACAAUCAACUUUUCAAUACAAUAGCUAAAUUCGCAAUUCGAAAAGGGAAUAUGAAAAUAUUAAAUCAAAAUAUGAUUCCAAAUGAAAUUAUUUCACUCAAUUUAACAAAUUGUAAUAUUAGACAUACAAUUAGACAUGGAAGAGGUGAUUUGUUCAUUCAAAUGUAUCUAAAACAAGCAACAAUCAAUGAAAUCGAAUCAAUUUUACAACAUUCAAUAAGAUCAGGACACCCAAGAUGCACCAAAUUAAUCUAUCAAGAAUUAAUUAAACAACAAAAACAACAAUCUAUUCCACCAUACCAACUCACUAUCAAAGAUCAACUAUAUUUAAUAUCCAUCGAAGAUAUUACACUUUUAGACUAUUUUAUUCAACAACAAAGUUUGGAUCCGAAAUUGAUCGAUAGAAAACAAUUUAGUCACAUGACCCAUCAAUUUGGAAUGAUCGAUCAGAUGAAACGAUACCUACUCGAUAAAGGAUUCAACAGCAAGUGGGAACCAUCAACCAAAGUUCAACUCGAAUCAAAGUCAUUAAGAUUCAACACAACAACAUCCAACCGAGAAAAGUCACCUCCCAAAGAAAGAAGCAUUCGACUCGUAUUCGGCAAUGUUUACCUUUUACGAAAGAUUCUUCGAGAGACAAGGUUUACACAGUCUGGAUACAGAGUUUCUAUUCCAAUGGAUAUCCGAUUGGAUCUUAAAUGGCUACUUUCAAAAAAAGCUUACAAUUGGAUCAAAUAUCUGGUUCAUCGAAAAGAACCACUUCAUGUUUCUCGCAACACAACACCACAGCUUGUCAAUAUCAAAGAUGUAGAGCUCUUUCAAGUUGUUUAUGACAACUAUCGAUCCUCCUUUUUAAUCAAACCAGGCAAUGAUGACCAGAGCUGUUGGAGUUCCCGAUACGACUACACACAAACGAAAAGAGAACAACUUGCAAAACUCCCAUCAGGUUCAGAUCCUUUCUUUAGGUACGAUCCCACACUCCUUGGCUGUUUGAUGCCAUCCAAAUCAUUUUCACAAGAUAUCAACAUUCAAAUCAUGGAAGAAAGGCUCAAGGAAGAUCGUGAUGACUUUAUCUACAAAUUCUACAGUGUGAAAAUUAAUAAGCCAAUUCUUGACUACCUUUUCAAUCAUGGUGUACUAUUCAAGAGAGACCUAAUUGAUUCGCUUUUGAAUAUUGGAGAUGACGAGCGACUGAAUGACAUUGACCCAAUGGAGUUUUCCAAACACCAAAUCAGUCGUUGCGCUUCCUAUGAACAUACUCAAAACCUUGUCUCCCGUUUCCUCUCAAUAAGCUACGCCAGAGGAGAAGGCAGUGUUUCUCUUGCAAAUGUACCAUUGUCAGUGUUUUCUCAAUUUAACCUCGGGUUUUUUCAGAAUUCUGACUUAAGAUCGAGCAACCGAAGAGAUUGCUUCAAAUUAGUAAUCGACAAAUUAAAAGAAGAAACCAAAGAAAUGGAUUUGGAAACUGGAAAAAUAACAAUGGAAUCUGUUGUUGAUAUAAUGGUUAUCGAUCGUUUGGUAGAGUCAAACCCAGAUUGUUCAACCUUAAUGCUUGACUAUUGUUUGGAUUUGAUCACUAAAGAUCUUCCAAGUGGUAUUCUAUCACAAAAGAAAAUGGAACAUUGUUACUGCAAAUUGGUAGAAUCUCAAAGUUUCGAUCUUGCACUCGUAGUAUCCAAGUAUUUCAAUAUUAGAUUUGAUAAUAUUAUCAAGAAAUAUGAAUCUAAAAUACCAUUUCAAGCUGCCAUCUUUUUUGGCAACACAUUCAACUUGACCUUUGAAGAUUUCCCAAUUGAAUUAUUGUCACACCUUUCUCUUAAACAACAAGACUUUUUAAAAGAUAAAUUUAAUAAUAAUAAAUAA